AUGGAGUUCUUUUCCAAUUGACGAAAUUGUAGUAUGCUAUUAUUGAUUCCUGGUAUACUUGACUUAUAAUAUUGGAUUUGAAAAUAAUAGUUUAUUCCUUCUAUAGGCAAUUAUUGAUGAUGAGAAUGUAGUAGCAGUGAAGAGACUUCACGUUGGCUAUGCCAGAGCAAAAUUAGAAUUUGAAAAUGAAGUGAAGCUUAUAAGUAAUGUUCAACAUCGGAAUCUACUACGACAACUAGGUUGGUGCAUUGAAGGAUCUGAGUUGCUUCUUGUCCUAGAAUACAUGCCACAAGGCAGCCUUGACAACUUUUUAUGGGGUGAAAGAAAAGGCACUCUGAAUUGGGAGAAACGGUUUGACAUUAUCUUUGGGGUUGCUAGGGGCGUUGCCCAUCUUCAUAAUGAAUUCCAUGUUAAAAUAAUUCACAGAGAUAUAAAACUAAGUAAUAUUCUCGUGGACGAUGAUUUUCAACCCAAAAUUUGCGAUUUUGGGUUGGCGAGACUACAACCAGAGGAUCAAACCCAUGUUAGCACAAAUCUAGUUGGCACACUAGGAUACAUGGCGCCAGAAUAUGCAACAAUUGGACAUUUAUCAGAGAAGGUUGACACCUACAGCUUUGGUAUCGUGAUCCUUGAAAUCAUCAGCGGUCGAAGAUGUAAUGAUGAAAAUUUUAGUGGACCUGACACAUCUCACCUUCUUGAACACGCAUGGCAAUUGUAUGAGAGAGGCAUGCAAAUAGAGUUGAUUGAUCAAGAAUUAGGUAUAGAAGAACACCAUAAAGCCAAUGUGACGAAGACCAUUGAGAUUGCUCUAAUGUGCACUCAGUCGCCAGCUUCUUUGAGACCAACCAUGUCAGAAGUUGUUGUGAUGUUGUCAAGUGGGCUAUCUAUGGGACCAAGAAAACUAGUAAAGCCUAGUUUCAUUGAUUCUCGUAGAGUCAUCCACUUUAGUGCAAAUCAGUCAAAGUAUAAGUAAUACAUAUAAAUGUAUAAAAAUUAUAUUGAUCUCUUAUAUAGAUUAUGUAUCCAAUGUCAUUUAGCAAA